AUGGGAAUCUGGAAUAACUAUGAAAAACACACUGAAAUAAUUGUGUUUGACUGGAACAAAAUUCUUGCAAAGUCCCCAAGGAUGAGAUUCUGUGCCAAAUCAAUGCUUCUAUCUGACUGGCUCUUUCUGGUCUAUGUGUUAAUGGUCUGCUGUAAAUUGUUGUCCGCCUCUAGCCACCAUCCCCGGGGGCACACAGGCCAGCACCAAGUCAAGCAAGGGACAUGCGAAGUUGUGGCAGUGCAUCGUUGCUGCAAUAAGAACCGUAUUGAAGAACGGUCACAAACUGUCAAGUGUUCCUGCUUCCCAGGGCAGGUGGCUGGUACGACAAGGGCUCAGCCCUCAUGUGUGGAAGCUUCCAUUGUCCUACAGAAGUGGUGGUGUCAUAUGAACCCCUGUUUGGAUGGAGAGGACUGUAAAGUACUACCAGACUAUUCAGGUUGGUCUUGCAGCAGUGGAAAUAAAGUCAAAACCACAAAGGCAAGUACAGAGAUCACCUAUAUUUAA